AUGGAUUUGAAUCUGCGCACGUGCAGGUCCCUACCCACUUCGCAACACGAAGCAUCCUACCAAGCUUUACAGAGAGCUUUGGCAGGAGACAAUCCUUCCAUGAAUAGCGUGCAUAAGCAAAAGUACGAAGGGGAACAAGAAGAGAAAUCCUUACCGUGUCGGAAGAACGCAGAUUUACACCGAUCCAUGAGGGACGCAGAAAACGUCGGGAAGGAGAACGAGUCGCGAAAUCUCGAUAUCUUGCCUGGUGCGAUAAAGACGGUUUGGCCACCUUGGAAACGAAAUGACGGGUGGUCAGGGUGGAUGAGUGACACUGUUACCUCCAAAGCAUUGGUACUAUGUCUGAUAUUACAAGCUUUUUCGACCGGAAUAUUGGACGCUACGACUUAUCUGGAUUUUUCCACUUUUGCAUCCAAUCAAACCGGAAAUACAAUACUUCUUACUGUCGCUGUCGUUCGAGUUUCGGGUCAUCAACUCCUGUUGACUGGUGUAUCAUUAGCAAGUUUCCUCAGUGCAGCCUUGGUUUUUGGCCACAUCGGUCAUUUCAUGGGUGUCCGACGUCGAAUAUGGCUUUUAAUCAAUGUAAUAUGUCAGAUCGUAUUCUUGAUUUUAGCAGCUAUCUUCCUUUCACCUUCUGGAGGGAACUCGACUCGAUUAGGAAGGAAACACGAAUGGGUUAUAAUUUCAUUGUUCGCUUUGAUGUCAGGAGCACAAGUAGCUGCAGCGCGUCAAGCUUCAGUACAGGAAAUUCCUACUGCACCAAUGACAUCUUCAUAUGUCGAUUUAGUUGCUGAUAAGUACCUCUUUGCUGGAUUCAACAACGAAAACGCCACUGGAAGAAAUAAGAGAUUGGUCUAUAUCCUCUCGGUAAUAAUUGGAAGUUUUAUCGGAAGUAUAAUGCAUAAAUAUGCGGGAAGUUGGGUAGUCGUCGUCAUUGCUAUGGCCUUCAAACUUGCCGUUAUAGUUUUGAUGAGUCUAGCUGCCACUGAUGAAAAGGUUGAAACACAUAACGCUUGUUAG